AUGGCUAGAAGAAUCUUGUCGGCCAAAUCACGCACACCACAACACUCAGAGACUGAGCCGGCCCCCAUUUUGAAACGUUCAGAUACGAAAUCACAGUCUGAUCUCCGAGAUCUCUCCAAUGGCGCAAUUAAAGGAUAUUCGAUACACCAGACGCACAGGGACUUUCAGCGUCCUAGAACUACUGAAGGACGUCAGCGAGCAAGAGAAGAACUACCUUUGGAUACUGGUUUCGAUUUUCGCAUAACUGUGCCUCCUGCCGAGGCCGUGCCAUCUCCGGUAGAGCCUGAAAAUGGAUUGGGUGACAACAUGAUUGGCAUUGCUUUAGGUAGCCCUAGGUUGGUGGGGUCGCAGAAUGCGAUAUCACAGGUGCAAGAGAAGGGACUAGACACUAUAUCCGAUACUUCAAAGCUCCCGCAACUUCAACGGAAGCCAAGCAAGUGGAAAAAGAUUGGAGGUUUGUUCAGGUCAAAAAGCACUAUGAAAUAUAGCACAAAUCAGCCAUUCUAUAAGGUCCGCUCCGACAGCGAAUGGCCAUCACAAGCUUCUUCCCAUUCGAUUGACUACCAGUCGCAAUCAAAACCAGAGCAUCUGAUUAGCCCUGUUUCAUGUACGGAGGUCUGGCCAUGCCUGGUAGAGCCCGAGGCUAUGGCUAAGACGAACAGUGACCGUGAUAACCCUCAAGGGAACUCUCAGACCAGUAGUCGAGUUUUUGACUCAAAGAAGUUUGAUGCGAUGCCCCUGUUGCAAGUUGAAAUCCCUGAUAUCCAGCUAGAAAGAUAUAGUGUUAUGUUUGGAGGGUUGCUAGGUAAACAUCUUCAGCCUACAUCGUCGACAAGACAGAGCAAAGCUAUGGACGGAGUAGGUGAACCAAAGUCCAAGGAAAUUACUGCUACAUCGGAGCUUCCUCCACCUAAUCCACGAGACCUGUCAUCAACACGCUCUAAGUCUCCUAGCUUCACUUUGUUCCCAGAUACUCCAAUAACUAAGGCUUCCAAAGUUCUGGGGUCUCAGAAUCUUCCACAUAGGCCGAGCCCUUUACACAAGAGUCAAAGCUCCUUGGCGGAAUCGCGUCGAGGAAGCUCGGUGAAUGAACAUGACCAUGUCCUGCUCAUGGUGCAUAGUCCGUCCAUAAGGCCACCCUCCUCACAUGGUCCACAGCACUCAGUGUCAUCGCUCAUGUCAUCUUCUUCAUUUGCCUCGGAUGACGAAACAUUCAUUUUACAAAGAGUCAAACCAGCCAGAAGCUAUGUCGAUCCGAAAGGGGAACCGGAAUGGGAGAUUAUCAACAAGAAAUCUCCAGCAAGUGAAACUAAGCAGAAAUUAGCCCAAGCUCUUACUAUUAACACAAAGGCGCUACCUCCUGAACCCGUCGACAACGACUCAGCAUCAUCUUCAUCAAUACGUACACCUCUUACUACUAUACGUGAACCGGGCUGUCGAGUUAUCUCUCCUUCAGGAAACAAGUCAGCAAUAUCUCCAGCAGAUUCCGCACGAAUGCCCUUCAGUGUCGACCACAAGAAUCUUGAUUCCAUUCCACCAAUCGAUGCAGAGUCAGUGGACCCCAUCCCGACCGUUGAAGUUUCCAUAGCGAGAUCUGUUUCUGCGUCCAAAGGCAGAAAGCAGGUCAUCGUGCCGAUUAAGCCCCGAGUGGAUCGGUUGAAUCCUGAUGACCGAACUUUGAGCAGGAAAGCCAAAACCCCUCAGGUCAUGGAUGCUCAUUACGGUCACCGUCCUGGCAACUCUCACGAUGUGAAGAUUGAGACUGUAUGA